CUUUUCUUAGGAUUUGUGCUUCACUGGACUGUUUAUAUCCUCUCAUUGAUGACUAAGUAAUGGUUUCUGGCAACGUUAAAGAAAAGUAUUCGAUGUUAGCAGAAUGAGAGAUGGGAAAAGGGAAGCACUAUGGGAAAAGUUGUGUUUCACUAGAUUCAGCCUUGCCACAAGAAUGCACACCGGUUUUGAUCAACCCAGAUCAAAGGAACAGACCAAGCAGACUAAAGCACCACAAGUGGCAUUAUGAUUCAGAACAUGAAUUCCCGGAUCCUUGGCAGUUAUCAAGCAGACUCAACCCAUUGUCAAGAAAUGAUAGAGAAAGCGGAAAAAAGAUUUCAGGAGAUUGCCAGGAUUUAUUUAGUCAAAUAUGUGGAAAAUCUAUAUUCAUACAGGUGCUACCUACUGGUAUGUGUUUUUAGAAAAUCUCUUCACUUGAUUGUCUUGGUCUGUAACAGGUUAACUGUGUACCUAAGAAAGGUAUUUAUUUAUGGUUGCAGAUGACACAAUAAUUUGAUACAACUCUAUCAAUGAAGCUUCCUUCAAUUGUCAAUCUGAUACUACGUUUGUUCCAUAGAUGAAUCCAUAAGUCUUCUUCCCACUGAGCUGAAGCAGUUUAGCUUCUACCCAUCUUGAUUCACUCUGAUUUUUUGGUUUUGUAAAGAACCCAAUUAUCUUGUUCCAGUCUACUGCAUAAAAGGCCUUUGGAGGAAAAAUUGUAAACUUGACGCGUCUUUUCCUCAGCCUCUUAAUUACUCUUGAAACAAGGUAGGGACCGUUAUGCCCCACAUUUGUUUCCAUCAAAAGUCAGAGCAAAUUCAUUGAUGAAUCUAUGCAGAAGAGGAUGUCUCAUAAAAAAAUCGGAACUGCAUUAUUUAAUCUGGUCCAGUGCUUAGAACCCAAACUCGUGCUUGUGCACCAACAGAAUUCCUUAACCCUGCUAGGGGUUUCAUAAUUAUAAAGUCUGUAUCUAUGUAGAUACCACCAUAUUUAUAGAGAAUUGCAAGUCUAUCAGACUAGAUAGAUUCUGAGGUAAGGAAAUCUCACCAGGAUCCUUUUUACCCUUUAGCUCAUGAAUCCAAGUUUCAGCUGGAGUCCUCUUGACCAAAAAUGAAAAGUAUGGGGCCAUUGCUUGCACUUUGAACUCACGAUCAUGCAGCGGUUUCAUGAUCUUGUAGCCGUGUCUGGUGUCCAGAGUUCUCGAUAGAAUUACCAGACAUGCCUUUUUGGAUGGCUCCUGAAAAUACUUUCCAUUGACAGUAAUUCUCUCCUUCCAAAAACUUGCAGGUGAAAUCCAAGUCAUGAAAAACUGGGCCUCGCAUUCGCGUCCGAAAAAUCCCAAAACUCGAGCAUGAAACGGUUGGGUCAAGUUGUUUGACUUGAGGAUCUUGAAGUGAUGCAGCUGUUCUCGAAACCAUGCUUUUCUUUCUUCUUCUGUAGCAUUCAAUGGGGCAACUGGAGUAUAGUGGUUGCGCCUCUCAGCUUCAUCCUUCUUUUCUUGAAUGAAACGAAAAUUUAUGUGAACAAGUGUUGAGCUUGUUGUUUUUGUUGUUCCGUUAUUGUGAAAUUCCAACUUCUCUCGAGCUUCUGUGUUAGAUGCAGAGUGUACGGAAUCAUGGUAGGUAACACCAUUUGCAUAUAUGAGAAAAACUAUGGCAGAGGAAGUGAUUAGAGAAAGACA